ACGCUUUGGCCCCGCCCCCUCGGAAGCGUAUAUAUAGCAGCAGCGCCGCGUCCGCUCGUCAGUUCUGCCUUCAGCAACCGAUUCUUCACCGUCGGCGAGAAGGAGCAAAAAACAGUCAGAAAAAUGCGUGAGUGUAUUUCUAUGCAUGUCGGCCAGGCCGGAGCCCAGAUGGGCAAUGCAUGCUGGGAGCUGUACUGCCUGGAGCAUGGCAUCCAGCCGGACGGGCAGAUGCCCAGCGACAAGACCAUCGGAGGAGGAGACGACUCCUUCAACACCUUCUUCAGUGAGACUGGAGCUGGCAAACAUGUUCCCAGAGCCGUGUUCGUGGACCUGGAGCCGACAGUCAUCGAUGAGGUCCGCACAGGAACCUACCGCCAGCUCUUCCACCCCGAGCAGCUGAUCACCGGCAAGGAGGACGCAGCCAACAACUACGCCCGCGGUCACUACACAGUCGGCAAGGAGAUCAUCGACCUGGUCCUGGACAGAACCCGCAAACUGGCCGACCAGUGCACGGGGCUCCAGGGUUUCCUCAUCUUCCAUUCCUUUGGAGGAGGAACCGGCUCUGGCUUCACCUCUCUGCUGAUGGAGCGUCUCUCUGUCGACUACGGCAAGAAGUCCAAGCUGGAGUUUGCGGUUUACCCCGCCCCCCAGGUGUCCACCGCUGUGGUGGAGCCGUACAACUCCAUCCUGACCACCCACACCACCCUGGAGCACUCCGACUGCGCCUUCAUGGUGGACAAUGAGGCCAUCUACGACAUCUGCCGCAGGAACCUGGACAUCGAGCGCCCCACCUACACCAACCUCAACAGGCUGAUCGGACAGAUCGUCUCCUCCAUCACCGCCUCCCUGCGCUUCGACGGCGCCUUGAAUGUUGACCUGACGGAGUUCCAGACCAACCUGGUGCCCUACCCUCGUAUCCACUUCCCUCUGGCCACCUACGCCCCAGUGAUCUCCGCAGAGAAGGCCUAUCAUGAGCAGCUGUCCGUCGCUGACAUCACCAACGCCUGCUUCGAGCCAGCCAAUCAGAUGGUGAAAUGCGACCCCCGCCACGGCAAGUACAUGGCCUGCUGCCUGCUGUACCGCGGCGACGUGGUGCCCAAAGACGUGAACUCCGCCAUCGCCACCAUCAAAACCAAACGCACCAUCCAGUUUGUGGACUGGUGUCCCACAGGCUUCAAGGUGGGCAUCAACUACCAGCCUCCCACUGUGGUUCCUGGAGGAGACCUGGCCAAGGUGCAGAGGGCCGUGUGCAUGCUGAGCAACACCACCGCCAUCGCCGAGGCCUGGGCGCGACUCGACCACAAGUUCGACCUGAUGUACGCCAAGAGGGCCUUCGUCCACUGGUACGUCGGAGAGGGGAUGGAGGAGGGAGAGUUCUCAGAGGCCAGAGAGGACAUGGCCGCCCUGGAGAAGGAUUACGAGGAGGUGGGCACCGACAGCAUCGGGGAGGAGGACGAAGGCGAGGAGUAUUAGGUCAUCUGUCGCUUCCUGUGUCGUCCGAUUGAGAAUCAUUUUAAAACAAGCAAACCAAUAAAGAAGCUUAAACUUA